AUGGACGCGGCUGACCCCUGGCUUGGCGAGUCUAACAACGCUCGGCUAAUGUACCGCGUGGACGCCCUCGCCGGGUGGGUUGAAGGCUGGGCGGUGGACGGAAGAUACAGCCAUGGGCUAAGACACACAUUUGACUCCCUGCAAGUCUUGGAGCACUGUGGCCCCGGAUCCAACGAGGAGUACCACCUGGCGUGUAACGAAGAGGACAAGGUGAAAAAGGACGGGGAGAAGUUUCCAUUUUCACGUCGGUUCAAGUUGUCUCAAAUGACUAAGACCAUCGACAUCGUGGGGUACCUCCGCCCGGAUUAUCUCGACCCGCGCUUGUUAGUGGAACCGCUGUACUAUUUCCAGCGUCUCAAGACGGUGCGACUUAUUCUUCGAAACGGGAUGUUCACUCCGUACAUCGCCUUCCCGGCGGACACGGUUGUACUCUUUCCCAGCGUGUUGGGAUUAGCUGUGAACAAGUCGCACCCCAGCUACGUUGAAGGCAGGGCAAUAACGGGCGAGGACCGUAAAGACUUCAUCCCCUGGCCGACUCCGACGCCGCCACCAUACCCCUCCCUGCUGGAUUCGCUGAUGCCGACCUUGUACCCCUUUCCGCACUCAGACGUUCCAGAACGUGUUUCGCGAAUUGUGAUCAACCUCUACGGCAGGUCCGCCAAUCCUGGAGAUUCGUUUCACGUCCUUUACACGCUCAAGCCCGCCGUCCGCGAUGUCGUGAUCAUUCUCCCUCACUACGCGAGCAUAGACGACAGCGAGGGGUCAUACUAUGAUCCACCGGACGCCUUCGAUCCCUGGGACCUAGUGCGAGUUCUGUGCUCUCCGUGGGCCCGAUAUACAAUCGUGGGUGCCGACACCGUCGGGGCAGGGUGCGCAAGCGCAAUCCGUGCCGCCGUGCGGCAGUCGACGCUGGAGACCGUCUUCGGUGACGUCGACUACUCGCUCAACACGCGCAGAGGUCCCAAGUUGAAGAAAUCAGUGCGCGCCGAGCACCAAAGGCGCGCAGAAGAGUUACGCGCCAAGGAGUGCUGGCUAUUACGUUCACGUUACCCGGACUUGGACCUCACGCUGCCGUGCGUCAGCUUGGCGGACAAGUUGAAGGGCCGGAUGGAUCGCCUCGAGUUCCUCACCUUGCAAGAGUACAGAGCCCGUGUCGGCGAUGAGGACGCGGCUUUGCAUGCGACUGUCAGUUACGAGGAUAGCGACAUUGAGCGGAGAAGGCACACCCUUCUCCAGCGACUUAGGAGCCUUACCCCUCCUAUUAGUUGA